AUGUUAGGCAAUAAAUUAGCAAUCGGCAGCUUGUCAUUAGGCCAGCACCCUUCUCAUCUCUUAGACCACAAGGUUAAGGUCGCUGCUUCUCAUGGUUUUGCGGGCAUUGAGAUCGUGUUCUCUGACAUUGAAGUGUACGCACGAGAGAAGAACCUUCCCCUGUCAGAGGCAGCCACAGAGAUUCAAAGGAUAUGUGAAACGCACCAGAUCGAGAUUCUGUCACUGGCUCCAUUUGAGAACUUCGAAGGACAUAACUCACCUCUCGAGGAAAGGCUCCAACUUGCCACGAAGUGGAUCGAUAUUGCGAGAAUACUAAACGCAACGUAUCUACAAGUGCCGGCUCAGUAUAGCACCGAUUGUACUGGGGAAGAGGCAGUGAUCGUCCAGGAGCUGCAACAGUUGGCGGAUCUGGCCCGUGCUCAGCAGCCGAUUAUUGCCAUUGCCUACGAGCCUAUGUCGUGGUCUACACAUUGCUCGACAUGGCAAAGUGCGCUACACAUUGUUAAACGUGUGGAUCGACCGAAUUUUGGACUUUGUUUAGAUACCUUCCACGAGCUCACGAAGCUCUGGGGCAGUCCGUUCGAUCCAUCGGGCAAGCUGCCCAACGCGGACCGUAAUCUGCAAGAAUCACUACGUGAUUUUCAAGAUCACUGCCCGCUAGACAAGAUCUUCUAUGUGCAACUCUCCGACGGUGAACGGUUCGAUCCCCCCUUUUCAACGUCUCACCCGUGGUAUCUCGAAGGCGAGGCGCCACAGUUUACAUGGUCACGCCAUGCUCGGCCAUUCCCGCUGGAGACCGAGAUGGGUGGAUACAUGCCAAUACCAGAAGUGGCAAAGACCUGGAUUGCAGAUAAAGGGUUUAAUGGCUGGGUGUCUCUAGAGAUCUUUGAUCGGAGAAUGCGGGCGCCUGAGUUUCAACCAGAAACUGCUGCACAGCGCGGCAGUCAUUCCUGGCGAAAGCUGCAGGCCGCGCUGCCACCGAUUAAUAGCCAUAUUUAG